GUCCACACACACACACACACACACACACACACACACACACGACCACAGACUCCCAGUGAUGACAGUGGACUGGCCAGUCAGCAAGCCAGUGUGGCCAACAGUGAAGCCACGCUGGUGGUGACUCCAAUGGUGGAAGACUCAGAUGAGACCCAGACACCAGCAGGUCACCAACCUCACCAGCCUCCCAACCUCACCAUCCUCCCUCUGGAUGACACUGCCGUCUCUCUCCAGGACCACUCUCAGGUUCCAGGUCUUAGUUAUGACCUGUCUCAGUUGGGGAUGUUGUCUGUGUCAUUCCUGGAUACCACUCACCACUCCACCCACCAUCCUCCUCCCUCCUCCUCCCUGGCCCUCCAGACUGACCUCAUGAGUGUGUCAGCUCUGGACCAGUCCCUUCUCCCACUCAACCUCUCUCACCUACCAUCGGUUCAAGAAGGACUUUCACACCUACAUGAUGUCGUGAGUGCACUGCUACAGCGCUACAUCACUGUAGCUGCCGAGGCUGCUGAUUACCAUCGUAAGUUGGUUAUCUCCACUGCAGAGAGGAAUGAAGCCGCCUUAUCUCAGGAGUCUCUGAGGCAGAGAGUGUCAGAGUUGGAGAGAGAGGUCAGACUUAGAGAGGAGAGGUUGACUGACACUCUGCAGCAGGUGACCACUGCCCAAGACAACCUCCAGAGAGUGGUGAGUGAGACUGAGGAGACCAAGACUGAGGCAGAGAGCUUGAGAAUGGAAGCAGAGAGCCUGAGGCAACAGCUAUCGGCAGCUCAGGAAACCCUCACAGCCAUGCAGCAAUCAGGGCGACAUGGGAGCCCGGGUCGCAGUUGAGAGAGCAAGGGUCAGAAGCAGGCCCAGCAACAACUCUGAGUCAACUCUGUCAGACUCAGUGCCACUGCGGUUCAGAUGUUGGACUCUUCAGGUCCUCCAGCUACAGGAGGAGCUGCAGGCAGCCCAUGAGAACUGUGCUGAGCCGUACCACGAGAGGAGGCUAUGCACCAGGAGAACAAGAGACUGGCCGGGCUACAGGUGGCCCUGGAGGGACAGCUGCGUCGAGUCGAGGCCGAGGCCGGGGAUAGACAGAGGACACUGGAGGCCGAGUUGAGACAGAGGGAGGAUGAGGUUCGAGAGCUGGAGGCUGUACGAGCCGAGGUGUGUGCCAGCGAGAGGCCAGAGGUCCUACGCUGCCUGAGAGAGAUGAGCUGCGACAGCGACAUGCUGUGGAGGCACCGAUGUUGGCUCUCUCUCAGUCCAGGCCGCUCCUCUGAAGAUGCACGCCGCGAGGAUACGAGAACUGAGUGAGGCAGGAAGCUGGCCCAGCUGACCUCUGACCUCCGACCGCAGACAGCACCGUCCACGCGCUCUGCAGGAGAGGGUACAGUGGCCCAGGAGAGCACUCAACCAAACAAACAGCCAGGUAUUUCAU